AUGUUCUAUUUGGGAUUGGACUUUGAAGUAUUUGGGAUCAACUUUGGGGUGAAGUCAAUACCUUCAGUGUCUGAAUUUGUUGCUCAGUUGCAGAUCCUGGAGUUGCUGGACAAUGCAAUUUUUACUGCUGGCUACAAGGCUGUGUUGCACAUUCACGCUGUGGUAGAGGAAUGUGAAAUUGUUGAGCUGAUGCAGCAGAUAGAUCCGAAGACGAAAAAACCUAUGAAAAAGAAACCACUCUUUGUGAAGAACGGUGCUGUUGUUGUAUGUCGCGUUCAGGUGAAUAACCAGAUAUGUGUUGAGAAGUUUUCUGAUUUUCCACAGCUUGGAAGGUUCACUCUUCGCACUGAAGGAAAAACAGUUGCAGUAGGGAAAGUUACUGGCCUUGCUUCUGUAGAUGAUAGUGCUUAA